AUGUUCUCUAUAAUACGAAGACGUCCAGUGCUGCAGAGAGCCAUUUUAACGACUUCUUUAGUACGGAGAGAAUUCCUUAGCAAUGUCCAAGUACCGUUCCAGGAUGAUCUCACCUCCACAGAUUUUGAUGAUUUCAACCUAGGAGACUUCCAGCACUACCAGGAGUCUCCUGAUGUGAUUGCAAAGAGGUACGAAAUGAUGAAUGAAACUAUACCAGAACCAGAAAACCAGCCCUAUAUUUCUACAGAUACUUCAAUUUCAAAUCUACAAGAUUUAGUCCAGCUCAAGGAGCCUUUGGUAUUUCAGUCUAAAUUGACAAGCCCAUACUUGAAUCUUGCUAUUGAGCUGUAUAUCUACGACAAUAUGCCUAAGCCAGAAACUGACGAUAUCAACUACAAUAGGUUGAUGUUCUAUGUCAACUCUCCUUGUGUAGUGAUAGGCAAGAAUCAAAAUCCGUGGAAGGAAGUCAACUUGCCUUUGCUCACAAAUUUGAUGAUACCACUUGUUCGUAGAAAGUCCGGCGGAGGAACGGUAGUUCAUGAUCUCGGAAAUAUCAACUACUCGUUCAUGACAACAAAGGAGAAAUUUGACCGAUUCCAAUUUGCUCACUUGGUCAGAGAUGCUGUAAACUCGUCCGGCUUUGGAAAGUACCAGCUAGAAGUAAAUGACCGUGGAGAUAUCACGACCACCAAACAAGAAGAUGGAGUCAACUACAAGAUCAGUGGAUCGGCUUAUAAACUCUCACGUGGAAAGUCGUAUCACCAUGGAACGAUGUUGUUGAAUCUGAGAUUAGAUGUAUUGGGUAAACUUUUACACAGAGACGAGAACAAAUUGGGAAAAGUCGAUGCCAGCAAUGUGAUUAACUCGGUGAAAUCAAAAGUGUCCAAUUUGGAAAUGGAGUCAGACAAGUUUGUAGAAGUCGUCAGCUCAGGAUUCCAAAACGUUUAUGGAACUGUUGAGCAAUGCAAUGUAGAACAAGCAGAAAGUGAAGAAGAAUUUGAUCAGAACGAAUUAUUUGGCUUGUCUGACUUUGUAUCUGCAAACUCGACGAAGAAUGUUAAAAAAUUCACUAUUGACGAGAUGACUGAAUUGCCUUCAGCAAUUGUAGAGGUAGCUGAAGAACUCAAGACCUGGGCUUGGAGAUUUGGGUCUACUCCCAAAUUUACUCACGAAUUGUAUAACAACAAGCUAGGCUUUAAAGUCAAGUUUUUUGUAGGAAAAAAUGCAAAGGUUGAAGGUUUCGAAUUGUCAUUUAUGAAUUUUACAGAAAGACCUAUCUCAGAAGCAAAAAUCAGAGACAGUUUUGAGUAUUUGGAAACUUUCAUUAAAGAUAACAACUUGGAGUACACUGGCUCUAAUGUUGCUGGAUUUAUCACCAAUGAUAUCAUUUCGGACUGGGUUGGCGAGUCUAUUGAUGGGACAGUGUAG